UAAAGACUAUUUGUGGUUAAUUAAUGAUUAUCAGUGAUGUCUAAUCCCGAUUCGAUUUCCCGCACGAAUCAACUUCAGCAACCCACCAGGUUAACCGUAGAAAAACAUGAUAUAUAAGUGCAAACUUAUGCACAUCAUUGACCUGUACUUGGGGGGGGGGAGGGACUGCACGCACCGUCGGUCAAACAGAGGGCGCUAGAUUAUUUAUUGAAAAAUAAAUGAGAAUCUAAUAAAACAUUUAAAAUGCAGUACAACUAGGGACAUGCCUCUUACAAACGAUAGAAUUAGUUCAUUUUGCGAAAAGCCAUCACCCUUCGGCUAUCUACAUACGAAUCUGUAAACUAUUAAUGUCAUCAGAUCCCUACAUUGUCGACUCCUCCCCCACCUCUCGACACUUGGAAGUUCAUCGACAUCAUUCCUCUGGUGUACGGGUCAGCGUUGAUGUCUCUCCUUUCUGUACCUUAUCUUCAACAUUGUCCUCACCAAUUCCCCUCUCUCACGCACACGUGCAUCCUCUCAUGAACCUGUGUGGGUGAGAAUGUGCCCGGUGGCACGAACGCUGUCAAAAAUUCCAAAAUCAUCAAUCACCCACUUGCCCUUCCACUCCCUCCCCCGUUCACCAGGUAUCAACGAUCAUUGAAAGGACUUCAAGAUUAACUCAACUCCAUUCUCCUAGACUUAAAUAACAGGGUAAAUGGUUGAUUGAAGUGUGAUGCAGGGCGUUAUGCCGGUGAAAACAAAAUCGAGAGUCACUGAAAAUAUGGGGGUAUCUACUGGUCUCGUUGAUGAUCGUGCUAAGCAGGUGUUGAGGGAGGCUGUUGAUGCUGUUGUCAACAGUUUUGCGAAGCAUACUCAAGGAUAUGGUCGUGUGAAUGUUGUAGAAGCUCUCCAAGAAUUUUGGCAAAUGAAGCAGAGCAGAGGCACAGAAUUGCGAAAUGGAGCCCUUGUUAUUUACGAAUCUGUACCAGGUGCAAGUCCUCCCUACGUCUGCUACGUCACCCUCCCCGGAGGUUCGUGCUUUGGAAGUUUUCAGAAUUGUCCGACAAAGGCAGAGGCCAGAAGAUCAGCCGCCAAGAUCGCACUGAUGAAUUCAGUGUUUAAUGAACAUCCUUCUAGAAAAAUUACUGAUGAUUUCAUUGAGAAGGCAGUAGCUGAGGCCAGGGCUAGUUUCAAUAAACCCGCAUCGAGUUCUAAUGGAGUUAAUGGACAAGCACAGGUGAUUCUUAAAGGAAGUGGAGACGAAAAAGAAGACCCAAACACAGGAAUCGGUGCAUUCCGCUUCAUGCUGGAGUGCAACAGAGGCAGAACGAUGCUAGAAUUCCAGGAAUUGAUGACUGUUUUUCAACUGCUUCAUUGGAAUGGCUCGCUGAAGGCUAUGAGGGAGAGACAGUGCAGCAGACAAGAAGUCGUUGCUCAUUACAGUCACCGAGCAUUGGACGACGAUAUGCGCAGUCAAAUGGCACUCGACUGGGUAGCUAGGGAACACGAGGGUGGUGGAGGUGUUGUUGCUAUGGAGUUGGGACUCGCUGAGAGAGAGCUGGAGACUGCUCGACUCGCUGGCCGCGAGUUGAGAUUUCCCAAGGAGAAAAAGGAUAUUCUUAUGCUUGCUCAUGCCCAAGUUUGCCCGCAGUAAUUUCAUCGUUCUAUUCGAUCGCAAAAAGUGAUAAAAACGCAUAAAUUCAUUAGAUUACUAAUCACGCUUAGAAAUAUUUGUGAAGAAUUUUCUAGCUUGUUUAGGGCAUCUUCAUUGAAUAUCCAACAUUCUUAAUCGUUAAUUGUAUAUAACACCAGGCAUAGCAUCGGGGGCUGCAAAUAUCCUGGAUCAUCCACUAAAUUAACUGUACUUUUGUAUUGGGCAUUGGCAGCAUAAUUUGUCUGUGAAGUUGAUGAACGUAUGCCUAACUUGUCCAAGUGAUAUUUUCAGCAGCAUGUUUAUGCUAUUUUUAAUAUUUUUUCUGAUAUCGUCCCUGAUUUUCGAGGAGAUUCUAGUAAUUAGGUAAUUAUUAUAAAUGCAAAAAAAAAUAGAGCAAAGCCUAUAUUAUUAAUGAAUUUUACUUCUCUGGCAUUUGUUUAUCCAACGUAAACGUGAGAAGAAAUUAAAUUAAAUUUGUACUAUUACAGUCUUCUUCAGGGAAGACAUUGAAGAAAUUUAAAAGUCCCGGGAUUCGGUGGUCAUGACUUUGAAAGUCCUGUUUCCCCGCCAUUAGUAACCCUGUUGGGAAGUGAUGGAAUGUAAUGAACUGAAGUAGAUAUUCUCCGUUAAAAAUUUUGUGUUUACGUCAAAAGUAAGUCAUUCUAUGAGAUAAUCUCAUUCGCCUUAUUCUCCUGGAAGCCCUUCAUAUCGAGAACUGUACCAUUGGUCUAGAUGUGGGAAUGAAUUUCUUCUGUUUCAUUAUAUCCCAGCCCUUCAUCAUCGAAUUUCUCGAUUAUCUUCUAGUAAUUAAGAAUCUUAGAUGUUAGCCAAAAUCAAGAUAUGGAAUAUUGUAAAUGAAGCUUUCAACUGUAAUCAAAACAUCCACGCAACAAGCGAUAAGUUGAUUGAGGACAAAGUUUAUUUCAGAUUUAUGUUUAAUCUCUCGGAAGGAAAUACCUGUUUUACUGCAAUUUUUUUGACAACAAAAAUGGUCUCCCGGUGCUGUCAAUGUACUCAUUAAAUUAUUAGGUAUUUAAAAAAAAUCACGAUGAAAGUUUCCAUUAAACGGGAACCGAACUCAGUUAUUUGAUUGUAUACCACGCUUGGAAACAAAAAGGCCCCGUCCGUGAGGGGUUAAAAGAUGUAAAAAAACAAUGAAUUCACUCCCCUCGCGAUGGCUAUGUGAUAAAUGUCUAGUGUAAUAUCAUUCUUCCAGUUAACGUAUUAUUCUACUGCCAAACGUAAUCGCACGUGAUAAAUACUAUGUAUAUUAUUUUUCGAUGGACCAAUUAAUGAUUGAAUUGAUUUCCAGACCAGAAAAAAAGGGACAGAAAAGCGAAAAUUGUCCCAUUAAAUAAGAGAAUAUCUGCGUAACUGUAAUUCGAAUGAGUUCGACUAUAAAAUAGACUAUAGUUUAUAACAUUUUUUAUGGUUAAAUAUUUUAUUAUUAAACAUUAACAAUUUACCGCAA